GUUUCGACCAGGAGUAUAUAAGAUGACAGUGAGUCUUCUUGCAGUCAGUGAUGUUUUCGACAUUUUAACUUCAACAUCUUGCUUCAAAAUAGUAAAAGAGAAAAACCUUCAUCAUGAGACAUUACGCAAUUUCAACGUUGGUCGCCUACGUAUUGUUCACUGUAAUACUUGCUGUAACAAUCGCCGAGGAAAUUGGGGAAGACGUUGCAGAAAGUUGGGAAUUAAGAAGCCCACGAUGUGAGCACCACAAUCACGACGGAAAACGGUCGACGAAAUGGCUAGGAAAACUGAAGAGAACUAAAACGCAAUACGCUUCAUCGAAGCCCAAUUCACGACCGAAAUCUCAUUACGGACAGCCUUAUACCCAUAACCGUCCUCCGAAACCGCAAUACAUCCCACCAGCGACCAAUUUUAGAAUUCCACCUUACAAUCCACCAGCUUCAUAUCUAGCCCCACAUUAUUCUCAAUCAGCCGUGCAGAAUCCUAACUCUCUUCAACAGGCAUCUUACUCUCCUCAGCAUAAUUCACAGGCCUCUCACCCUCCUAACAAGAAUCCAAAUUCAAAUCCGCAAUCGUUGAGCUACGAUCCUCUAGCACACGUCUCUCCUGCCCCCACGAAAGCUCCAACUUAUGCUCCUCCUUCUUACAGUAAUGCUCCCUACCCUCAAAGUCCUGAAGAUUUCGAAGACCUUAGUCUUCCUAUGUCAGUUUACAUUCCUCCAGCGCAAGUUCACAAUCCGUCAGGUCCUUACUCUCCUGCACAGGCUCCGGUUGCAGUGUCUUACGAUCCACCAGCAACGACACAUACAGAGGCUCCAAACUACUUUGCUCCAACAAACUCUCCGUCUGCCUACACCGAAACGACUUCUUCACCUUCCUACACCGAAGCUCCCAGUCCCCAUGUUUAUAAUCCAGCGCCCCCAGCCUACGAUCCUCCGAUUGCCAGUGAAACAGAGGCUCCUUACCUUCCUUCUUCAUCACAAGUUCCAGUCUACGAUCCUCCAACAACGUACGCUCCUCAAGUCUCCACAGAACACUCUGUUUACUCACAUCCUUCUUAUGCUCAGUAUGAUGAAGCGUAUAGUCCUCCAGUGCCGACUAGAAGCACCCCAGAACCGUACAAUCCUCCAGCAGUGACUGAAAACACUCCUGAGCCUUACGUUCCAUUACAACAGCAUCAAAACACGCCAGUUCCUUACGCUCUCCCACAUCCUCCAAGCCUCGAUUCCGCAUUGUAUUAUCCAUCUGCCUCCACCGAGGCACCAGAUUAUUUUCCUCCAUCUUAUGGCGAUGCUUCCUACUCUCAAUCUUACAAUCCAACAGAACAGAACAAAAACACUCAGAUUUCUUAUUCUUUUCCACAUCCGUCCGAUUCUGCCCCGUAUUAUCCAGCUGCCUCCACCGAGGCUCCGGAUUAUUUCCAUCCGUCUUACAGUGAUUCUCCCUACUCUGAAUUUUAUAACUCGCCAGAACAGAAUAAAAACACGCAAAUUUCAUACACGUUCCCACAUCCGCCAAGCCCCGAUUCCGCCCCGUAUUAUCCACCAGUCUCUACCAAAGCACCGGAUUAUUUUCUUCCUUCCUACGAUGAAUCCCCUUACCUUGAAUCUUAUAAUCCUCCAGCAUCAAUGUACAAUGCACCUAGUUUCCCGAAUUCUAAUUUUCCAUCCUUCUCUUUUCCAUCGUUCAUGGAAUCAGUUGAUCGCUCCCCCUUGGCUACAAAGAUGUUCGUUACCCUUCCACAAACGACAGAGCGUCAGCCUACAAUCCCAGUCACAAAAAUGAAGAAUUCUUUCAAUCUGGAAGCUUUCCCCGGUUUAACGAGUUCUUGCAACAGAUGUUGAGAGGUAAAAUGUAAAAAACCUGAAAUGCUGAUUGGAAUAAAAGGCACUACAAAUCAUCCGUGACCGGGACAGUUGCUAAUGUUUCUCAUUUUCAAAGUGUUACACAGUGGGUUGGUAUCUUGUUAUAGUCUAUUGAAUGGGGAGAUAUUUAAUAUUACAUUUAUAGUUAAAGGAUGAUACAAGAAAAAUACAAGGUGUUGUUUCAUUUA